GCACUCGAACGGUAAGCGCUAGCUAUGGCGGAGGAGGAAUCGGCAGCAGCAACAGCGGCGAUCGUCGAGGAAGAAGGAGUACCGACGAGGCUGUGGGUAUCGGUGAACAGUCUCUCGCAGAAGAAGCCCGUGACGCUGUUCGUGGAGGAUGUGGACAAGACGCGAGGGGCGACGUCCGGGGAGAACGCCGCCGUCGCCAGUACCGUAUCGGAUCUGGUCACGGAGACGAUCAAGGCGGAGAUUCUCUACCAGCAAGAUCAGGCCAAGGUCGCCGUGGAAUCCGUGGACAGCGUAGUGGAUGAAGCGAUCAGGACGGAGCUCCAGCACAAGGCGCAAGCAACGACGCACGACAAAGUCCCUUACACUGAGCUCACCCUGGCGCUCAUCAAGCCCGACGCGCUCAAGGCCGGCUACGAGAGAGAGAUCCGGUACACGAUGCAGGCUCACGGAUUCGUCAUCGUUCACGAGUCUCAGAUCCAGUUCACGAACGUCCGGGCUGCGCUCUUCUAUGAUCACCACCAGGACAAGCCGUGGUUUGAGAAGCUGACGCGCUACAUGAGCAGCGCUCCGGUUCACGCUUUUGUCUUGGGCAAAGUCCGAGCAGCGAGAUCGUGGAAUGUAGCAAUCGGUCCCACGGAUCCGGAGCAAGCUCGGAAAGAAUCGCCUCUAAGCUUGCGAGCACGCUUUGGAAAGGACAUACUUCGCAAUGCUGUUCAUGGCAGCUUCAACGCUGCUCGAGCAAGACACGAGAUCAAACUUCUCUUCCCCAACUUGAUUUUGGACCCUCUUCUCGAUCCACCCAAGGCUCGCUUCUACUUUGACAAGUUCCUCAAGAAGACUUUGAUCGAGGGGCUGACUGCUCUUGCCACAGCCAAACCACAUUCGGAGCCACUCCAAGUGAUCAGAUGGUUUGCGCAGUGGCUGCAACACCACAAUCCAUACAGGCCUUUCGUUGACGGCAAGAAACACGUCGAAGUGGUCAUUCCAGACUAGAAACUCUGCGAGAGCGCAUCACGUAAGCCUCUCAGUUUGUUCUUGCUUUCUUAACCAGAUGAAGCUCGACUC